UUAGCAAGUUAAACUAUUUUCCUAUUUAUUUUUUGUAAUAAUUCCACUUGUCAUUGCUAUUGGCAUAAGAGAGGCGGGGAGCUGUGAUAAGGCAGAUAAGGGCGCUCCUUAGACACGCCCUAUAUUACCUGGCUCAGAUUAGAUGCAUUUUUCAGGAGCCGCCCAAUGUGCAAGUAACUCACAAGCAGUCUGGUGUCACACCUGCUAAACUCUGCAAUGAUGAGGUAGAGACAGACGAAACCUGCUGUACUGAAGUACAUUCAUACUGGACAUUGGCACUAACUCCACGUGUACAAUGCAGGCCUUUUUCUUUUCCCUACCCUUUGGUUCUGAGAAUCCAGGACGAACCAGCAAGUUUAUAUUCUUCCUUUUUGUGUUUGGCGUUGUCCUGUUUUGCGGUGGGUUCCUGCUUUCCAUCUUUGGUUUCCAGACUUGCCAGUCCAAUAGCAUCACUCAUUGCAGCUUAUCUUUUAAAAUAGUAGGACCUUCACUUGCCGUGAUUGGACUGGCAUCUGUCUUGCUGGCAAGAUCAAGAGCCAGAUUGGAACUUAGAAGACGAGAGUUAGAAGGAGACCAAACCGAUCCUGACAGCUUUUUUCUUUGUGGCGAAAGUCGCCAGUUUAUCCAAUUUCUAAUAUUUGGCUUCUUGUUUGUAACAAGUGGGAUUCUUAUUAGUGUGUUAGGGGUUUGGAUACCUGGAUGCAAUGCAGGGGGGCACAACCAACCAGUUAACGGGACUGUCACUCCAUACAGAAACUGUGGCUUUCUAUCUCUGCAAAUAAUGGGGCCUUUAAUUGUCCUGGUUGGGUUGUGCUGCUUUGUGGUGGCUCAUAUUAAGAAAAAACAUAAUCUAAAUGAAAGUAGUGAAUCUUCUAUUGAUGAUGAACAGCAGCCAUCUGAUGAACCCUAUCAUAUCACAGUUGGUGAUGCUGUUAUUAUGUUUCCACCACCCCCACCACCUUAUUUUUCCGAUCCAUUAUCUCAAGGUGUGAAUCAUGGAGUUAAUGCUUUGCCCGAUCACCCACCUUCCUACAAUAGUAUUUUUAAUAGAAGGGCACAGCAUAGUGGUCAAGGCAGUUUAAGAGAGCGAGAGGAUAUAUACACCAUCGGUCUCCAAAGUCAUUCUUCAGAGACUUAUAGCAAUCCUUAUUUUUCUUUGGAUCCGCCUCCAAAAUAUGAAGAAAAAGAUCCUUCUCUUCCUGAUCCAGCACAAACAUCCUCUCCAACACCAUGUUCAUCCUCCACUGAGUCAUCUUUACCAAAUCUGGCACCUCAGCAACCUCCCCAGAACCAUCCUCCCCAACCUCACCAGGACCAUUAACUUGUUUUAAUAAAGAAAAUGUCUCUUAAUGUAAUAUAUUUUAAAUGUAUUAAAAUAUUUUUAUUAUAAAA